GGUAAAUGUUUGGUGGUCCGACGGUCCACAAUUUCGGUUUGUUGACUUUGACUUUAUGUUGUUGAUCCAAUGCGAGCCGACCGCACCGUUGCUUCUUGCAUCCAAUCUAUCUGUCAGCCUUGUCAAGCCUCCUAUCGGUACAAGCCUUGCCUUUUGUAACGUCCAGCACAAUUAUAUCGACCUUUCGGUAGAGUUUUGCAUUGUCAAGUAAUACGUCGCGUGCCCACCUUGACUGUCACCAUCAGACGACAUCUUCCGUUCCAACCUACACCUUACUUGCAACUCCAUCCGAAAACCACUCAAAAACAACACAAUGGCUGCCCAGGGCCCAUCUCCCAUCCCCACCAACCGCCUAAAGCAGAUUGCCGCCGAUGCCUGCAACGACGCAAUCGGCAGCGCAGAGUUCUAUGAUCACGCCAAGACCGAGCAGUGGAACCACCAGAUCAUUAACACGAUACUCAAGGCCGUGAUCGCAGAGUCCCAGCCCUCCGACAGCACGACGCCCCCGCAGUUCAAGUUCGCUGUCAACAGCACCAUCGUACAGCACCUGGUGCCGUCGUCAAAGCUGAACAAGCCCGCGGGUGGCGCGGACGACAAGCCUGCCAGCACUGCGACCAGCACGGACGGCAAACCCCACGUCGGCCGGAGGGGCAUGCACAGCGCCACGGGAGCCUUCUGGAACGACAAGACGGACGGCAUGUGGACGUACAAGCACGAGGGCGACGAGAGCAAGGGGAUGGACGUUGUCGUCAUGCUGAUCUGGAUUGCCGUAUGAAAGAGUCAACUCCGACAGGUGUGGAUAUUAGGCGCGGUGCCAUUUACGAUGUGGGGGAAGCUACCAUACGGGAGAUUUGUUGCACUUCUGGCGUUUACGAUGUGAAAAGUGAUCAAGAUCAAACGAAAUGUUCUAUCCUAAGCAACUGCGCAAGUUCCUGCUGUUAAUUGUUUUUCGAUUGUUGCACGGUUGUUAGAUUAGGAUUUUGUCUUUGUAAUCAUUUCUGGAUUUUCUCAGAGAUGGUCACUGGUUGACUGGCUACUUGCGACAUUCUAUUUAAGUCACCCAACUCACGGCACCAAUUUGGCCCGUCCAGCACGAACGCAUGAAUGUUGAUAUUUUACCCCUGACCGCCGCCAAAAACAAUAAGCACAGUGGGC